AUGGAGCCCGUCCCAGCAUUCCCAAUAUACCCAGACCUCAAAGGUAAGACUGCUCUUCUGAUGGGAAUCGGACAGACAAAGGUCCCAAACUCCACAACAUGGGGAAACGGAGCCGCCACCGCCCGGAUCCUGGCCCAUAACGGCGUCAAGUUAUUCGGCUGCGACAUCAACCUCGAAGCCGCGAAUUAUACUGCCACUCGACUACGCGACGAGGUAUCAGGAUGUCUCGUCGAAGUGACCACCGCAGAUGUCACCAAGGAGGACGACGUAAAAGAAGCCGUGCGCAAGAUGGUGGCCGACCCGCGUUUCGGUCGAAUAGACCUGCUGAUCAACAACGUCGGAAUGACGGCCAUCGGUGACCCAGCAAGCAUGCCCUCGGACGCCUUCCAAGCCCAACUCACCCUGAACCUCACCUCGGUGCACCACGCCGUGCACGCCGCCCUCCCCAUCAUGACCUCGCAGACCCCACGCGGCGGAGGCGCCGGAAGCGCCAUCGUCAACAACGCCUCCCUCACCGCCCUCCGCUACAUCGGCAAGCCGCAGAUCGGCUACGCGGCCGCCAAAGCCGGCCUGCUGAACUACACGCGCCACCUCUCCGCCAUGUACGCCGCGCAGGGGAUCCGCGCAAAUUCCGUCGUGCCGGGCAUCAUCUGGACGCCCUUGGUGGAGAAUCUGGGGAACUCAGAGAGGGAGGCCGAUCGUCAGGUGUGCGAGUCGAUUAGGAAGACGGGCGAGCUGGCGCCGUUGGGCCGCAUGGGGCGGCCGGAGGACGUGGCUAAUGCGGUGGCGUUCCUGUGCUCGGGUGUCGCGGCGGGAUUUAUUACGGGCCAGGAGAUUGUGGUUGAUGGGGGGUUGACUUCGUGUACUGCGUUUUGA